CCGUGCGUUCCAUUUUCAAACCUCGGAACAAAUUCGAAACGGUGUUCUUUUUACAAACUAUUCAGUUAAUUAUUUCUUUACUGUGUCUUUUGUUUAUGGUUGUGGAAUAUAUGUCGUUUGAAAUUGGAAUGCACAUAAUGUAAAGGAAACAAGAUGGCGGUGUCCGGCGAGGUGUACGAGCAGGACGGAGGAGUCAAGUUGCAUCCGUACCUCAUCGCUUUAGCACGCUGGUGCGUGUCCUGUCUGUGGAGCACGGCCUCCGCCAUGCUGUACCGUCUGUUGACCAACCCACUACCGCAGAUCACAGCUCCAAAGUACUCAAAACCGCGGCCAGCAGGCAAGGAACAUCUCCACCCGGAGCCUAAAGUUGAAUGCGUGGUUCUGCACCAACCAGAGACGCCCAAGGUUGACGUCAUCUUCGUACAUGGCCUGUAUGGUUCCCUGGGCAACACCUGGAGGCAAGGAGAAUGGAGGUCCAAAUACAAAAUAGAACCCAACAAAAUAUCCCUAAGACGACCCAACUCCAUCCCAGCCUGCGAUUGUAACAAAGCAAAUGUAUUCAAUGAAGAUGCCAACAAAAUUGAAAGUAUUAAGAACAGUAUCAAACUAGAUAAUGAAAAUAUACUCAAUUUUAACGAUAAAGAAAUCACAUUUACAAAGAUAGAUGAAUAUUAUAAAAGGAUAACGGAUGAUGAAAUGUUCAUAACUGAGAAGUUUUAUAAAGACCAGUGUGAAGUUGUUGACAAUUAUGAUACACAAGCGAAGUUUGUUAGGGACUUGUUUAAUAUGGAGAAUUUGAAAGUGGAAAAAAAGGAGAAUGAUAAUUGUAGAUGUCGGGCGGAGGAGAAACGGUGUGAGGUGGGGUGUGGCUGCAUUUGCGACGAGUGCUACUCCGCGUGCUGGCCUCGGGAUUGGAUCAAGGAGGAUUACCCUCACGCCAGGGUCAUAUCCAUCAACUACACCAGUGACCCUCAUCUGUGGAGACCGCUGUGGAUCAAGCAGUGCAAGAGACUGCAGCUGCACGAGCGAGCAGAGCAGAUGAUUUCACAGCUGCUGGCACUGGGGGUGGGGCAGCGGCCCAUCGUGUGGGUGGGGCACUCCAAGGGGGGGUUGUUCAUCAAGCAGAUAUAUUGUGAAGAGCAGAUGUUCGCACAGCUACUCCCACUGGGGGUGGGACAGCGGCCCAUCGUGUGGGUGGGGCACUCAAAGGGGGGGUUGUUCAUCAAGCAGAUAUAUUGUGAAGCAGAGCAGAUGAUCGCACAGCUACUCGCACUGGGGGUGGGGCAGCGGCCCAUCGUGUGGGUGGGGCACUCCAAGGGGGGGUUGUUCAUCAAGCAGAUAUAUUGUGAAGCUUACGAAGCCUAUACCGAAUUACAUGGGAAUCAAAGUGGAGAAAUUAAUGAUAAUGAGGACAUGAAACAAAACUGCGACGAAUGUGAUAAAGACAAUGAAAUGAAUCACAAAACUGACAGCAAUAUUGACAUCAUUGACAAUAAUGAUAUGUUCGAAGAAAAUAAGGGUAAGAAUGAAAUGGGUAUAAAUGAAAGACAUGAUGAUGAAACGGGUAAAACAGAUCAUGAACAAGUUUAUGAAGAAAGCAUAGAGUCUAAUAGAAAUAAGGAUGAUGAUCAUUCCAGCAAUAUAAAUGAUAAGAAUAAUUUAGAAUUAAGAUAUGAUAAGGAUGAUGUUUAUGAUGAUAGCUCAGCUAGUGAAAGUUCUUGUGAUUUGAGACAAGAAAAGGAUGGAAAUAGUUCAGAGUCUUCAAACAGAAAAGAAGACCUGUCAAAGCGUGCUCAACUAUGGUCCCUAAGCUCUGGUUUCAUGUUCUACUCGGUGCCACACCGCGGCUCGCCGCUCGCUGACAUCAAGACACCCUUGACGGCGCGCUCUAUUGAGUUACUCGAGAUGGGACAAGACUGUUCGCUGGUGUCCUCGCUGCACUUGCGCUGGCUGCGCGCGGCGGCGGCGGCGCCGGCGCGCGUGCGCAGCCUGGUGGAGACGGCGCGGACACUCAUGGCCGUGCUCUGGCUUAGAAUAGUCAGCACCGACUCUGCUGAUGCCGGUAUAGGCGCGUUAUGCGGCGUUUCGGUGGACCACCGCGAAAUCUGCAAGCCCUCGAGCCGCCAUUGCAUUCUCUACACGGAACUUAAAGCGCUCAUACACGCCGCUUUAGAAAAGUGCGGGAAGUAACGCUAUCUAGCGGCGAAUACCUGAACUACCCGUCUACAUUUCGGUGGUUGCAUGAUGUUUACGUUUACUAUGCGAUAUAUGUCCAUAACAAAUCACUGGGAAAUCUGCCAGCCCUCGAGCCGCCACUGCAUUCUAUACACGGAGCUCAAAGCGCUCAUACACGCCGCUUUAGAAAAGUGCGGGAAUCAACUCCAUCUAGCGGGCAAUAGCUGAACUACCCGUCUAACAUUUCGG